GCCAAGAACACCAAGUUUUUUGAGAAAUGGACUACGUCCCAAGGCUGCAAAGUGGCAACAUAUGAUGAUAUUCCGGAUGAAUUCUUCCAUGAGGUCGAGGCGGUAUUCGACACAACCGGCAAGCUACCAGCGGCAUGGCUGGAAGAAGUGAGUGACGUUGCAUUAACUCAUUGCCCGGCCCUCUUCUCGGACCAAGUCGACCCAGCUGACAGCCGAGACCUCCUUACGGGCAUAAUCUGCUCCUUCGGAGGAUGGAAGACUCUGAAGAAUAUAGUCGAUCGCAAUGAGAAGCGGUCGGAGGCUAGCGACGUUUGUAGCGUGGUGCAGACUCCUCUUUCGUUACCUGAGCCACUGCCCCACUGUACGAAGAUAACAAAUCGUACCGUCCGGAUUCUGAACGCUUCCACCAUCGUCCCCGAUAACAUGGUGUUCCUACCUGCAAGUCUGGGUCGACGGCUUUCCGCAUCCACCAGCUCCCUCUGGAACAAACUGAAGUGGGACUGCCGCUUGGGCACGGAUAUAUCGGACUCGAAGUCCUCCGAACGGUCCUUGAACUUCCAGGCGACUCCUUGCCAACAGUUGCCUGAAGUAGAGGGUUUCGAGUUUGCCAGCAGCGUGUGGGAGGACAAGAAGCCC